UAUCAGGCACCGCGACUGUCUGCAUCUUCAGGCGCGGCCAGUCACCGUGAAGAGGAACGUCGAGCAUCCUUGGAUGGUGAAGGUGAGACAGGUGUUUAGUUGACUAUGUCUUCAGGAGACAGCUCAGAAUGUUUGAAAGAUCCAGCUAGAGAUGUUACCCUUCCUGGACACAAAGUGUGGAAGUAAAACACUUUAAAAAGCAGGGUCGGCGGGAUCACAUAUGUUCCCCAGACCUUGAACAUCAGUCAGACUUUCCUUAAGGUGAAGUAUCACCUGGAUGCUCCAGAGGAAAAUCUAAGUAGAACAAUGUACCUGGUGCACAAGUCUCACCUGCAGUUUGUGGGCUUCUGGCUGGGCAUUAUGGGAUGGAUCCUAUCGGUGGUGACUAUUGGAGUAAUCCAGUGGCGGGUCUGGUACACAGCAGACACCGCAGUCAUAACAUCGGGGGUGGCCUGGGUAGGCAUCUGGAGGGUGUGCUUUUACAGUCGCUGGCUGGUGACCUCACAGUAUCAGCUACUGUUCUGUCAGCCUAUGAGGAUCUGGGACACAUUUGUGCCCUUCGAUAUCCGGGCAGCUCAGGCUCUCAUGCUGGUGGCGGCUGUCACUGGGGUUGGCGGGAAUGCCAGUGCGGCGUACGGACUCCAGAAAAUCUUCUUUGGGAUCGAGGAGCAGAAGCUCAUCAUGACUGCUUUCCGGAUGGCUGGGACCCUCCACCUGCUGUCAGGGGUGUCCUCCCUCGUGCCUCUUGCAUGGAACGUAUACUCUGUGGCGGGCAAUCAUACAAUAGCCUUCCCCCCCAGCUUUUACAUGCCCUCUGCCCCGGUCAAACAGGAAGUGGGGGAUGGCAUUAGGAUAGGGAUCGUAGCCUCUAUAAUGAUGAUGAGCAGUGGGUUUGUAUUUCUCUCGUAUAGGUUCCCAGUUCUCCUUUUGCCCAGGGAUCUUGCUCUGGGACAGACUAAAGGUGAAUCUGAUUCAUUAGGUAUUGGCACAAGCUACUGUCAAAGAGGGAUAAACACGAGGCAGCUGUGGCUGGUUAACAAGAGGGCAGGAACAAGAGAUCCAGCAGGCACAGGAGGUGCGGCAGUCUCCCUGGCAUGGAGAAUUCUCUGGGGAAUGACCUUAUCCAGCAAUCAGGACCCAGCCUAUGGCUUUGUGUUUCAUUUGUAUAUUUUGAAAAUCAGUGAUUACGGGAAUUUUUACAAAACUCUAACUACAGAUAUAUAAAUAGAUGUACUGUUUUGUUUUUUAAUACAUUAUUCCUUUGAUGAACUUUUCAUUUUCCCCCAAGUGGUUUCUAAGUUGAAAUGUAGUGUUGAGGUUGUCUUGCCGUAAGUGACUACGUCAGAAAUGCCGGCACUUCGGGGAAGACGGGGCUAUUUUGUUUGCCGUUCUGUUUUACUAGUGAAACGUGGGGAGUAUUGGCCACCUUGUUUAUCAAACAAAAACCGUUUCUCUAGAACACACACGUUGCUGGAAGCUUAACAAGGAUAGUGCUGCAUUCUCUGUCCCACCUGUACAUUGCCUUGGACAAAAAUAUCUGAUAAAUAAUGAAAUGUUUAUGUAAGGUGAAGCCUCUAUGGCUCCUCAGGAAACAUGGAGACCAAAACCUUUAAUAAUAAAAGAAGAUGUAACAUAUGGUAUGAAACCUUAUACUUUCUUAUGGGAUAUGUACAUUAAGCAGGUGACUAAGUU